AUAAAAUUAUCAUCGAUUAUCAUAAAAACCAAAGGACUAUCGGUAACACUCCUGUCAUCAUUAUUUUGCUGUACUCGUUACAUUGUGGUUAGAUUUUCAACAGAUUAAGCCAAUGACUGUUGAUUGUAGUGAAAUCCGUUUGAAAUCUAAAUUCGAUAUUCCAUUAAACAAACAUUAAAUAACGUUAAGCCACUUCUACCUUCGUUAUGGCGGAAACAAAGAAGGCGGAAGUCGUCAUUUCGGGUAUAGCCGGAAUAUUUCCCGAAAGUGACAAUGUGGAAGAAUUGAAAGAUCUGCUUUUCAGUAAAAAAAACGGAAUUACGUUAGACUCGAGACGUUGGCCAUUAGAUCAGUAUGGGAUAAAAUCUGGAGUAGGCAAAGUAAAGUCUCUUGAUCGAUUUGACAACGUUUUCUUCAACAUGCAUGGAAAAUUAGUUGAAUGUUCUGAGACUGUAAUUAAGUUGAAUUUGGAGAGAUCCGUGGAAGCUAUUAUCGACGCAGGUUUAAAUCCGGGAGAUUUACAUAACACAAACACGGCAGUAUUCACAUGCUCUUCAACUAGCGAAACCGAUACACUUGCCAUACUUGACAAUUCAAAAUCAGGAUUUGCUAUACUUGGCCACAAUAAAGCCAUGCAAGCCAACAGGCUUUCAUACGUUUUAAAUUUGAACGGCCCUAGUUUUACGAUAUUAUCAUCAUUUACCGGUGGCGUGGACGCGAUAGUAAUGGCUAAACAUAUGAUCGAAAAUGGCCAUAUCAGAACCGCGAUAAUCGGAAGUUGCAAUCUAGUGCAAAGACCAAAUUUAUCACUUCAGAUGAAAGGUUUAGGAGUUCUAAAUAAUGGGUUAGAGACGCGAUCGUUUAGCGAAGAUGCGGAUGGUUUCAAUAGAUCCGAAUCAUGUGUGGCCAUUUUAUUACAAAAUUCGUUGGACGCAAAACGUUCAUAUGGCACGAUAGUUAAUGUGAAAAUGGAACAGUAUGGAAACCUUAGAGGAGUAUUUACCAAUUAUUCUACUGAACAUUAUAAGAAAAUGAUAAAGGAUGCAUACGAAGAAGCAGGAGUAGAUCCCGUUAAAGUUGCAUAUAUUGAAGCUGAUGGAUCUGCAAUAAAGGAUGUAGAUGCAAUGGAGUUAGAUAUAAUUAAAGAUAUAUUUUGUCCUCCCCAUCGAAAAGAACCUUUAAAGAUCGGGUCAGUGAAAAGCAAUUUAGGCCAUACUGAUGCUUCCGCUGGUCUUGUUUCGAUAAUUAAAUCAAUCAUCGCAAUGGACACCGGUUUUAUACCACCCAAUAUAAAUUAUACCGCACCAAGCAAUAAAUCAGAUGCUAUUACAUCUGGAAAAUUACAGGUUGUCACAGAAAAGACUCCGUUAAAUGGUGAUUUCGUAGGUUUAAAUAUUUUUGGUAGAACAGGAAAUUAUGGUCAUAUUAUUAUGAAAAAGUAUAAUAAACAAAAGAAGAAAAUAUACGCAAAAGAUGAAAUGUUUGAUGAUGAUUUACCGAGAUUAAUUCUUGUUUCUGGGCAUAAUGAUGUCGGAGUCAGAAAAACAAUAAAAAUAAUUGAAAGUUAUAAUGUUGAUGAAGAAUACGCAUCAUUGCUGCAUAAUGUGUUCUCUAAAAACAUCAGUGCUCAUUUUUCCCGAAGUUUCUUCAUAAUUCCCACACUGGGUCCGUGGAGAGAAAAAGACGUUUUUUCGAUUACGAAUGAAAAACCUCAAGUAUGGUUCGUAUUCUCCGGUAUGGGGUCACAAUGGUUAGGUAUGGGUGCACAACUGUUACGAAUACCAAUUUUUGCCCAGGCGAUUGAAAAGUGUGACGCUAUUCUGCGGCCUUUGGGCAUCGAUAUAGUGAAUAUUAUGACAAGCUUGGAUCCGAAGUUGUUUGAUAACAUAUUGAACUCGUUCGUCGGCAUAUCUGCAAUUCAGAUUGGUUUGGUAGAUAUUCUGAAGGCGUUGGACAUUGAACCGGAUGGAAUGAUCGGACAUUCGGUCGGUGAGCUGGGUUGCGCUUACGCCGACGGGUGUUUCACCGCCGAAGAGAUGAUAAUGGCUGCGUAUGCCCGGGGUCGGGCCUCCUUGGACACAACAUUUAUAGACGGCAUGAUGGCAGCUGUAGGUCUUGGUUAUCAGUCCAUCAAGAACAGGUUGCCAUCUGAUAUAGAUGUGGCAUGUCACAACUCAAACGAGAACUGCACAAUAUCCGGACCUACCGCAAGCGUAAUGGAGUUCGUUAAAAAGCUCCAAUCAGAAAACAUUUUUGCGAAGUCAGUUAACGUUUCGAAUAUUUCGUUCCACAGUCGAUACAUAAAACCGGGGGCUCCGAAACUACUCGAAUACUUAACUAAAAUUGUGCCUAAUCCAAAACCGAGAUCAUCGCGAUGGCUCAGUACUUCUGUACCAGAGUCAAAGUGGGAUACGGAUUUGGCUCGUUACUGUUCAGCAGAAUAUCAUACUAACAACCUAUUGAGUCCUGUGUUAUUUGAGGAAACGUGUACACAUAUACCAAGCAAUGCUAUUGUUAUUGAGAUUGCACCACAUGGUCUUCUCCAGGCCAUACUUAAAAGAUCAUUCAGUGAUUUGGUCCACAUCCCGUUGACUCAAAGAGUAUUUGGAGAUUCUGUUAGAUAUUUGUUAACAGCUAUCGGCAAAAUGUAUUGUAAUGGAUUAAAUCCAAACAUUGAAAAGUUGUAUAAUCCUGUAAGUUAUCCAGUAUCUAGUGGCACUCCACCAUUGCAUACGUUGUGUUCAUGGAAUCACGAAGAAAUAUGGACAAACAUCAACAUGAGAUCAUUGGAAAAUAAAAAUAAAGGUGAAAGGUAUUUUUCGCUAUCGCCUGUUAAAAACAGUUCAAUUGAAGAAUAUGAAAUACACGGCCGCCAUGUUCUUCCACUCUCAGCACUAUUGUUUUACAUCUGGGAAUCGUUCAAUAAAUUACGAAAUGAAUCCAACGUUAACUUUCCCGUUGUCUUUCAAGAUGUUCAUUAUCAUCAACACGUCGUGAUAAACAAAAUACAAUCCAAUGAUUUGUUUACGUCAAUACAAAGUGGAACUGGGCGCUUUGAAGUGUGCUUAAAUGAUACAAUUGUGUUAUCCGGAUACAUAUUUAUAUUCGAUCAUCUGAAGUUCAACAAAAACGCAACAGUGCUGCAUGGAAAAAACAACGGAAGCGACAGCAAUUCUUGUAUAGUAUCAUUGAGUCACGACGAGGUCUACUCAAACUUCGAACAGUUUGGCUACAGUGUUGGUGACGUUUUUAAGAUGAUUCGGCACGCAGACAUAUACGAAGAUAGAUUGGAAGCAGAUGUAUCAUGGGACAAUAAUUGGAUACACUAUCUGGACGCUAUUCUGCAGCUGGUUACAUUGCAUCAUGUAGAGAAACACGGGGAGUUCGUUGUUCCGGUUUCGAUUCAAGAAAUAAGUAUCGAUUCAUCCGCGUUGGUACAAAGUUCAAAACCAAUAGAUUUUGCCGCACAGUACAAUAUAUUUACCAACGAAGUGACGUGUGAAGGCAUCAAGAUUUCUCUACCUUGUUUCGAAGUAUUACCAUUGGAUCCGUUGGUAAAAACAAAGUUCCAACUUAGAGAACAGGGUUUGAUCGAUCUAUCCAACCCCAAUAUGAAAACAUCGAUCGAUUUUAUUGACACGUGUAUGGACAUAGUGCUUGAAUUCAGACAGAGUAACAAUUUUGAAAAUGUGUUUAUGUAUCCUAUAUACGAUGGUCCAGAUGUCGAGAUGCGCAAUUAUUCCGAUCACAUUUUAAAAACCCAUAUUUCCGAUUUGAUGAUAAUGGAAAACGAUGUCAGCAUGGAACAACUCAAUAAUAGAUUAGACAAUUCGCAGUUUAUCGUAUUAACGCGACAUGAUAAAUUAUCGCAUGCUAUGAUUUUGAUGAAAAAUCAAAAUCGUGUUCAUUUGAUCAUAUUUUCAAAUAGUCCAAUAUCUGACAGUAGUGAUUUUACGGUAGUGCUGCAACAGAAAUUCGGAGAUUACUAUUUGUCUUUAAUAAAAAAGGCUUUAAAAAUCGAUAAUGAUUUUAUUGUACACAGAUUGACUUUAGAAAAUAUGAACAGUUAUGAUCAAUUCCAAACUAUAUUAACCAAUUUGAAAUCUUUAGAUAAAACCAUUUACUUAGUGUCUAAGAUUCAACCGGUAGAUGGAAUAUUAUCGCUGGUGAAAAAAACGAAAAACGUCAAAAAUAUUCGGUUUUUCUUCGUGUUGGACAAUUCUGCUCCUGGAUUUAGUACAAGUAAUCCAUUUUAUUCUAAACAACUCGCCAAAGAUUUAUUAGUGAACGUCUACCAAAAUAGCCGAUGGGUUACAUAUAAGGAAUUCAAAUUCACAAAUGUUAUUAACACUAAAACAUCAAUAAGAAAAACACUUCUCACUAACUUAUCUAACAUAUCAUUAAAAAACAUUUCUGUAAAGUAUAUCGGUCUGAAUCCCCAAGACACAAGUAUCGAUACGAAAAACAACAAUAUUGAGUACGACGAACUAGGACCUAUUGAGUAUUCCGGUGUGGCGUCCAACGGAUCUUUGGUAAUGGGAAUUGCACCAUUUGUACCGAUGAUUUCUGAUAUCACGGUUGAUCCUAUUUUAUCUUGGACAGUUCCUAAACACAUAUCUCUCGAAGAAGCAUCAACCAUCCCAGUGCCAUAUUCAAUGGCGUAUUAUAUAUUGUUCGAAAUCAGUAAGAUAACUAAAGAAGAUUCAGUUUUGGUACAUUCUGGAUUAACUGCUGUAGGCCGGGCAGCUAUAGACGUUUGCCUAGAAAAAAAAUGUCAAGUGUUUGUCACAGUAUCGGAUUCCAAACAAAUGGAACUGUUAAAACAGAGAUUCCCAUCGCUUCCACAUUCAAAUGUUAUAAUUUACGACAAAGAAAAUUUUGAAAUUAAAUUCCUCAUGGCGAACAAUAAAAUGAACGUGAUUAUUAACUGUCUGGACGGAGAAGAUUUUCACGCUACCAUACGAGUAAUUGCGGAUCACGGGAAAUUUUUCCAACUCACCAAAAGCGAUAUGAAAAAGAAAUAUAAAAUGGGUUUGUUGAAAUUUUUAAAGGACAUAUCAUUCUUUUCUGUGAGCAUGGACAGAGUAAUUUCAGAAUGUAAAGAAACAAAACAAACCAUUCAAAAAUUGAUUGAGCACGGCUUACAGAACGGCACAAUUAAACCGUUUGAUCGAUAUGUACUUACCGGUGUGUGUACGGGAACUCAAGCUCUAGAGACCCUCGAGAAAUUGACUCGAGAAAACGAGUUUAAACGAGCCGUAAUAUCUACGGAGAAAGCCAACAACACCGGAAACGUGAUACACCAAUUUCAGUGUUGUCCGGAUCAAGUGUAUUUUGUUAUCGGAAACGAAGCUAACGAUUGGUUAUAUCUGGUGGAAUGGUUAGUACAAAGAGGUGCAUUAAAAGUAGUCGUGGGUUUGGAAAAAUAUUCAUUGACGCCAAAAAUUUCACAGAAGUUCAACAUCUUACUUGAUCGUUAUAAGGGAAUCACCGUGCAAUUGGUAUCACAAUCGUUGUUGAACACUGAACAAUCGACUUACGAUUUAUUGAAAAGUUCGAUUGAAACAUAUCCAUUAGCUGCAGUAUUCUUCGUGAAUGGUGCGGAGGAAAAAAUGAUCGAAAACAUGCAAAUGGCGAUGGGUCAAAUCGUCACAAAAAACAUUCAGAAAACGCUAUUCGUGUGCUUAUUCUGCGGUGGGGCAAACACGUGCGAACAAUUAAAAGCAAUCGGCGUCAACGCGUUGUGCUUGUCGUGGGCCCAGAACGGUGACAAACCUAAGCUCAGCAAAAUCAUACCAAUACUGGAAAAUGUAUUACUGAAUACCAACGCACUUACCAACGCCGUAGUCGUGUGCUCUGAACACGUGGCUGAUAAAUUCACAAGUUCCAAAGUUCAGCUGUAUGACCAAAACAACAUGUUUUUACCAAGCACCGUCGAAGAGCUGGGACGUAACUCGAAGUACAUCACCGUUGGUGAUCCAAACUUUGUGGAAGUGGCUACUAAAAGCAUAUUGUAUGCCGAAGCUAAAGGAACAUACCCAAUAUUCGUUAUGCCAGGUUUCCAACCCAACUGUAUGAUAAACCUGUACAAAAAUCUGGGCUACCCGACAUUCGAGGCCCGAUACCCAUCUAAAUUCGAAUCGAUUAAAAGCGUGGCCAGUGCUCUCGUAAAAAAACUCAAACAAAUAACCGAACACCGUGCAGUCACUCUGAUUGGAGAGUCUUGGGGUGGUACAGUCGCUCUAGUCAUGGCUCAAAUAUUGGAAGCUGAAGGCAUUUUGGUAUCGUUGUCACUGCUAAAUGGAGUACCAAGCACUCUUCUCAGUUGGAUCUCCAAAAAUCUCACUUUAAACGACAAUAAUAUUAACAUGUUUUUGCUUUCAAGAUAUUUGUCUAUUGAUUGCGAGAUGGCCAAAAAAAUGUCAUCUCAACAUGAAUGGAACACGAACAUUAACCAGUUUCUGCAGUCCAGUAAGGUCUUGGAACCUCAUAACGUGUACAACUCAUUAAAUAUGUUACAAACGCAACUCAAUACAUUAAUUGAACUAAAACCACUACCCAAUAAGUUAUUAUUAAUACCCCAAGUAUUCAUAUCAAACGAGCUAUCCGACAUGAGUCAGGACACCAUAAACGAAUUUUGCAACAACCAACCUGUUAUUCACAUUACCACGGGAAAAAAUAUUCAGAAUUUAUUGAAAGACGCAAAUGUUAUCAAAACGAUAAAUGAAAAUGUAGCGUUUGACUAUCCACACACCUCUGUGUUGUCUUUAAACGAAAAAUACAGUCAGCACUAUUUUAACGCCAAUAUUCAAUUAUCAUGUUAACAAAUUAUUAUAAUAUUUCAUUUUCAAAAAAAUGAGUGUUUAUUUAUCAACGAAUUUGAUAGAAACGCAUAUACUAUUUAAUAUUGUUUAUUUAUUAUCGAAAUAAAGCAUUUCAUAUUUUAAAG